AUGGGAGGCAAAAAAACAAAGAUUGAGAUUAAGAAGAUCAUAAACAAACCCGCAAAAACGGUUGCUUUCACAAAACGCAGGGAAGGUCUCUUCCGCAAAGCUUCACAGCUUUGUCUCCUCUCUCCAGCCACUCAAAUCGCAAUCUUAGCGGCUCCUAUGACUUCCAAAUCUCACGCUUCUUUCUACUCUUUCGGUCAUUCCUCUGUCGAUAACGUUGUCUCCUCUCUGCUUUAUGACCAUCCUCCUCUUACGGCAAACCAAGACAACAGGUCAGGGUUAGGGUUUUGGUGGGAAGACAAACGUUUUGACGUAUCGGAGAACGUUGAGGAGUUAAAAGAGGCGGUCGAUGCUGUUUCGAGGAUGUUGAACAAUGUGAGAUGCCGAUUAAAUGAUGCCGUGAAGAGUACUCAAAGAGAUGGAGGUUUAGAGAUUCUUCAUCAUCAGGAGGAGGAAGUUCUUCAGACUCGCAACGACGAGACAAAGACGAAUCAAACUCACGAAUUUGAAGGCGGCGAAACUUCUGGUUCUGCAAGUUGGUUAGAGAACGAGGAUGAUAUUCUUCACUUUGAUGAUGAUUUUUAUACUGGUAUUGAUCCUUUGUUUUGA